AUGGGAAAAUCUCACUGGAGUUUGGCUCUUAUGAUAGGUUGUUUAUAUGUGGAUGUGGUUUUGCCAUAUGAAAUGACAGUCGCUACUUGUAAUCUAUGGAAUGUUAUGUUCAACUGGAACGUCAGAAAAUACAGGAUAGCACAAAUGAUAAAUGAUGCAAAACCAGAUGUAGUGACUUUCCAAGAAGUAAGAUUCCAUACCGAUGGAGGCAGAAACCAGGUUAUAGAACUCCAGGAGUUACUCCCAGACUACAAAUGGCGAUUGUUUCGUGAAGCCAACAAAGUUCAGAAACCCAAGGGAGCUAACUGGCCUGGCUGGGAGAAAGAAGGAAUCGGGAUUCUGAGUCGUAAGCCAAUUACGUUGUUCUCUACACACACGCUGCCACAUGUGCCAGGACCAGACACCAAUAGACGAGUUCUCAUCUUAGCUAAGAUCUUCAUCAGUCCCCAGAUUACUGUCCAAGUUGCUGCUCUACACCUGUCAUACGACCGCCAUCAACAGUGUGGAAAUACCAAGUCUGUGAUUGAACUUAUAAGAGAUCAGGAAAGCUCCUCUGAACAUUUACGUAGUGUUGUCCUGGGCGAUUUCAACACCUACAAUGACUUUGAUUGGCCAGUGAAGAUGUUUACAUCACCCAAUCAGAAGACACUUGAUGAAUGUCGCAUACAGGAUGUGAAGUUCCUGAGUUUGAGGGGAAAGUCACCGUGGAGGGAUGUUUGGGAAAUGGUGGGACAUCCCAGUGCUGGUAGAACCUUCAGUAACAUGCCAACUCCUGGGUUUGAAAGUAGACCAGACCGUAUUUUAGCCACCUCAAAUUUUGAACCACAUGGGGUUUACCUUCUUGGAAACGGUACCGCAUACAAAACUCAUUACUAUCAGAGGAUCAUCACCGAAAGGUUCCGAACUCUCCUUCAUUCUUCCUAUCUGUCUUGGUAUGGUGUAACUGGGUACUCCUGUUUUCAGGAUUGUGGCCCCCGUGGGUACUGUCGAUGUGGAUUGUGUGUAAAGGGAGACCACCCUGUAGGUUCAACUUGUAUGUCACCGGAUUGUGAUGAAUGUUCUGGUCACAUAUUUAUUUUUACUGUGAUAUUUGUAAUUUUCAUUAUUUUCACUAUUAUUCAUUUAUUUUAUGCUAUCAUUUGUCUCCUCAUAAGCGGAGCUGAUUUUAAAGGUGAAGCUGUUUUUGCUAUUUUAGGAUGCAACUGUUGUCUAUGUAGUCCUGAUAACUUCAAACCUCUCAACUUUAAUAGCCGGAAAUUCCGAAUAUUUCGUGGUCUGAGUAAGUGGCCACUUUUCCGACUUCCACCAUAUAUUCUAUUUUUUAUGUCACUGAUCAGUGCUAUUUCAUUAAUGACCGUUGGGUGGUGGAAUUUCGGACAGAGUCUUGGUACGAUAUAUUCAGUAAUGGAUGAAGAACUCUUUCCUUCUGACCAUCUGAUGGUUGUUGCUAAAUUAGAAAUUAAAGAAUCUUCCUGAUUCUAAAACCUAUCCUUAUAACUUCUUAUUUUAACUGCCAUGUUAUAGAAUGUUUUUCAAUUUUAUAAAUUUCACAAGGGAGUCCCAUUUAUGUGUACAUUCCUCCUGGUGAUAGCUGAUGAAAUAAGUUCAUGGUUUUAGUUCAGAGUGUGAAAUUGUGGAAAAUAUUGCUGUCUCUAUACAUUUUAUUAUUCUACUCAGAAGCUUAUUCAUCUUGUUACUUAUUCAUGUUUAAUUACGAUGUUGGAAUGAUAAACUAUGUUCCAUAGACUUCAAGAAAUUGUUUUAGUCGAUGAUUUCAUAAUUAUACUUUUAGUAAAAGAAUGAAGGUAUUUGAGUGAAUGUGAAAAAACCCCAAUUACAUGUGUAUUUUUUUUUCUGUAUCCAUCCUGCAAUAAGUGCAGGGUUUGGGUCAGUACUUCACACGGGCUUAUUAAAUAAAGAAACAACAGUGGUUUAUUAUAACUUGUGAAGUACAAUAAAAAGUCUAUGCUUAUGGGCGUAUUGCAAAUUAUGAAUUUCAUAUCAAACUCAGGUUUAUUCCCAGGCAUGGGCUUAUUAUCAGGCAUAGGUUUAUUCCAAGACAUGGGCUUAUUAUCAGACACAGGUUUAUUCCAAGACAUGUGCUUAUCAUCAGACACAGGUUUAUUCCAAGACAUGUGCUUAUCAUCAGACACAGGUUUAUUCCAAGACAUGGGCUUAUUAUCAGACACAGGUUUAUUCCAAGAUAUGUGCUUAUUAUCAGACACAUGUUUAUUCCCAAACAUGGACUUUAUUACCAGGCAUGGACUUAAGACUGGGCACAAACUUAUUACCAGACAUGGGCUUAUUAUCAGACAUGGACUUAAAACCAGAAAUGGACCUUAAAGCAGACAUAGACUUAUUACCAAACACUGACUUAUUACCAGGUAUUAACUUACUGCUGAAUAUAUAGGAUAUUAAAUGUAAUACUUUGUUCACUUGUUUUCUUGGCACUACUUGUAUCUACUGGUUGGUUGGUCACUUGUUUUCUUGGCACUACUUGUAUCUACUGGUUGGUUGGUCACAUGUUUUCUUGGCAAUACUUGUAUCUACUGGUUGGUUGGUCACAUGUUUUCUUGGCACUACUUGUAUCUACUGGUUGGUUGGUCACUUGUUUUCUUGGCACUACUUGUAUCUACUGGUUGGUUGGUCACUUGUUUUCUUGGCACUACUUGUAUCUACUGGUUGGUUGGUUACAUUUGUUGUUGUAUAAUUCUUGUAAAACAGAAAAAGUUGUUUGUUAUUUGUGUUGUUUGUUUAAUUUACACUUGUCAACUCUUUUUACUGAUAUUAAGGUACUUUGAUGUAUAUAAUUUGAUAUAAAUAAAAAUUAAAGAAUAA